UCGGUCCAAUUGGCCGCAGCGACCGAAUAAUGUUAAACGUGUUUAUACAGUAUAUCGGGGUGUGUUAUAUACAGUAUGAGCACAUCACAGGAACCGCUUGCUACGGUGCUGGACACCCAUUUGAAUGAUUACUUUAGGAAUUAUGUGUACGUCAUGCUGGAGGAAGAGCAUUCGAUAUAUAGCAUCGGGCCGUCUUUUUGCGUCAUCGAGGGCCUCUUUACCUUUGGACGAUGCACGCGACGAUAAGAAAGUUGAAAUGUUAACGGCACUGAAAAGGGCGCCUUCUUUGCACGAUCUUCCCGGGCCAAAGCCGUCGUUUCCAUUUAUAGGAACUGGAUGGCAAUAUUUUCGAUGGAGCAGAUAUAAUUUAUACAAAUUACACGAAGCUAAUUUGGACAAGUACAGACGCUACGGCCCCAUCGUCAGGGAAGAAUAUCAAUGGCGAAGACCGGUAGUACAUCUUUUCAAACCCGAGGAUUUCGAAACGGUUUUUCGUCAUCAAGGAAAAUAUCCUUUAAGACCAGUCAGCGAAUUUUUAAAAUAUUAUCGUUUGAACAAUCCUCAAAAAUACGACAGCGUCGGAUUAGUUAAUUCGGUUGGCGAGGAAUGGUAUCGACUGCGUUCGGCUUUAACACCGGUUCUGAUGAAAAUGAAAUCUCUACACGGAAUGUUAUCUCAUCAAAACGAAAUAUGCGAUGAUUUUCUCACAUUUAUUCGAAGAAUUCGUCAAAAAGACACCAACCAAAUUACAGAUCUUCAAGAUGUACUUUAUAGAUUAGCCUUAGAGUCCAUUUGCGUCAUGUGCAUGGAUUGCCGUUUAGGUAGUUUAGAUCCGAAAUUAAAACCAGAUUCCGAUGCUCAAAUUAUGAUCGCCGCGUCUAAAAAGAUGUUCGAAGCUUAUCAGAAAUUAUACUACGGUCUUCCUCUGUGGAAAUAUUUUAAAACUCCCGCCUACCAAAAAUUAGACGAAGCAGAAAGUGCAGUUUACAGUUCGGCCUCCAAAUAUAUCGAAAAGGCUUUAAAACGUUUGGAAAACGGAAAAGAUAAAAAGCACAACAAGUAUAACAGCGUUUUGGAGACUUUAGUUCAAGUUAAUGGUUUGUCAGAAAAAGAAACUCGAAUGGCCAUUAUCGAUUUCAUUUCUGGAGGAAUAUUCACAGUAACCAAUUCAAUGUGCUUCCUACUGUAUCAUCUUGCAAAGAAUCAAGAUGUUCAAGCAAAAUUGCAUGAAGAAUUACAGAGAAUUAUACCAGAUGGAGAGGUAACAACUGAACACUUAGCAAGUUUACAAUAUUUGAAAGCCUGCGUCAAAGAAACUUUCAGAUUGACACCUACAGUUCCUUGCCUUACAAGAAUUCUUCCAGAAGAUGUAAUAUUAUCUGGCUAUUUAAUUCCAGCUGGGACACCAUUAUUCUGUCAUUUUAAAGUUUCUUGUGAACUUAGUGAAAAUUUUCCUUCUCCCAAAUCAUUUUGGCCUGAACGAUGGUUAAACAACAGAAAUUCUAUACAUCCGUUCUGUAUGCUGCCUUUUGGAUUUGGUAAUAGGAUGUGUGUUGGCAGGAGAUUCACUGAAAUGGAAUUAUAUAUUACUGUUGCAAAGAUAAUUCAAAAUUUUCAUCUAGAAACUAUCCAUGAGAAAUUAGGCAUAAUCCAGGCUUUCAUUACUGUUCCCUCUCAUCCAGUAGCAAUAAAAUUUCAUGACAGAUGAUUUAUUUUUUAAUAUUUAAUUUUAGCAAAAUUAUAUAUAUAUAUGAUGUACAG